CUUCUUCUACAUUGCGUGUUUUACGGAAGUUGCGGAUUUAUGUAAAAUACUUUAUUUACUAUAGAAUUACAUAUGUACAGGUGUAUUGUUAUGUACAACUUAAUAAUUAGCCAUAUUUAAUAUAAUAUUUAUCAAAUUAACAACUUUAAAAAUGUUUACAUCUACAUCCCCAUUGACACAGAACGACCGUCCGUACUUUUUGUCUUUCCCUCUCUAGACGUCGUUGAGCGCAAAGAAAACAAGUGUUAUAUAUGAAGUACCUAGAAAGUAUAAUGUUGAAUUGAAAAAGAAUAAGAAUCUCAAAAUAAAAAUACCUAAACACAAUCCUGUUAUUGUUUUGCACACUUAAAUUGUAUUGAAGAGCAAUGCAAGAUAGUUGGAAUUAAACAAAUAAAUACAGUAAAAAAAUUAGAAUGGAAUGAAAAUCUACAUUCAAUUACAAAUGUUAAAUAAUCCAGUAAAUUGUUUCAAAUAAUAAGUUAACAUUAACUCUACAAUAUAAAUUUGAAUGUUAUUUAUAAAAUCAAGGAGAGGUAUGGCAAAAAAAUAUUUAUUUAUAAAACCGAGAAACAUAGUGACUAAAAUCGUGUAAUUUGUACCAAUACACAAGGAUAGCUUUCCCCAAUGAGCGUAUUGAUUAUAAAAUAAAUUUAUUUAAUUCCCACAUCCAGUAAUAAAUAAAUUCCAUAAUGAUUAAUAUAUCUUCAGAAUAAAGAAUUAUGUUACGUCAACAUGCAUAUUGUAUUGAAACCUCAGUAAUAAGGUUUUCUCAAACUAAUAAUAAUCAACUAUAUAUAAUAGACAAUUAUAGUGCUACAUACAAAACAAUGGGAUGAAAUUCAUAGUUGAAUACAUUUUUUAAUAAAACUUCUUAGAUGAAUUGAAACAUGCGGAUUUUAUUUGUAAAUUGUAACAAUAAUAAAAAUGGAGUAAUGGUUAAAUGAGAAGCUUAAGUAUAUAUAAAUUAAUGUUCAAUGUGUAUUAUAGUAAUGCACUAAAUUUUGAUUUAAGGUGUGAUAUUUAUUUAUUUUAGAAGGAAUUUAAGGUAAUCCUACACAAAGUUGACAUGGUAGACCAUAUACCAAUUUGGGACAAUAAAAGAGUAGCAAUCAAAAUUUACUUAAUUGUUUUUUAAUGAACAGGCUUAUCAACUUUGUCAUAUUGUUGCAGAAAGUAUACCCUGACUAAAGUUCAUGUGAACUCUUCAUUAAGUAACAACUUAGUAAUUAAGUAACUCUUUAACUUGACAGUAUUUCGUUUGGAACAUUGUUUUGCUUCCCUGUUAAGGUUUACAGCAAUACCUAAAUAAUUUGGUUGAUUUUUUUCACAUUCAAUUGACAUUUAAUGACAUUUUUUUUAUAACUUUUAUGUCAAACUUGUGUCAAUGUGUUGGGAUUGUGUACUGAACAAAAUGUGGUCUAAAUAAAGAUAUUACUGUUGUUAUCUCAUUUUUUAAACUCAUUCUAGAAUGCAGAUGAUGUAUAAAGGCUGGGGGAGGUGCACCAGCUUUCUUCACACCAAAAUGAUCAAGUUUCAAGUGAUUCUUAGAAUAGUGAUACUAAAGAAGCGCGCCCUUCCGCCCGCCACCCGCCGGCCAUCUCCGCCCGCAAUGGAACUAGCGGGGGACUAAUAUGUGUAUGAUGACAGUGCAGUGUAAUAGUGAAGUGUAGUGUUCACGCGGCUCGUUGUGGUGAAGUGCGGUGUUACAUAAGGGCAGUAAUGGUGUGUGGCGGGAGUGGGCCGUGAGGGCCGGCGGCGGCGUCGGCGGCAUCCGGCGGUGCGCGCCGUGUCAUGGCCCCGGCGCUCCCGCUGGCGCCCCGAGACGAGCCCGAGGCGCUGCUCUCGCACCGGCGACGGGCGCUCGUGUCCGUCGACAACCGCUCCACACCCAUGGACGAGGACGACAUGGGGCUCCCGAACCAGCCCAGUCUGGCGAAGGACUCGCAGGAGAUGGAGCAGAUCCUUGUCGACCUCGGUGGAGGAGAAAUCGGACAUCCAGAUCUGCUGCAGGCUCUCAAAACGCUAGAGACGGCUGGGGACGCGCUCUCCACCGGCGAUCCAGAUGCGAUAUUUCAAUUUUCAGGCCUCGAUUUGGCCGACGGAGUGGAUUCUGAGGGUGACCAGGUAGAGGAAAAGAUAAAACUGACACAAGCUCGCCUGGAGCGACGGUGCGCGUUUCUUCAGAGACGGUUAAGGAUAUUGCAGUUGAGAUCUAUUGGCAAAAGGAUAUCUGAAGAAGUAGUGCAGACAUUUGAGAAGGCCACUCGUGGGGCUCGUAAAGACGGCGGUGGACGCCCUAUGGGAUUAAAAGCGUUCUUAAAAAGAGUAGAGACAACAGCAGCAUUACAAGCAAGUGCAGCAUCUAGAUCGUCGGUCGGCCCUAAACAUUACAAUGCUGGUACAUCCAGAGGAGAUGCAGCACGGUCCGCGUCUGUGGGCAUACCGUCAGGCGCGCUCACUGGCCUACAGGACACAGCCGGUGCACUGCAGAAACAUCUGACAGUUGUGAAACGUCAACUGGACUCUGACGCUACACUGUCCUCUUCAGGGGCGGAGAGUAACGAUGAAACUGUCACAUACAACAACCCACAUCAGGAGCACAUGCCAAUUGAGAAGCGCGCGCUGUGGACGUGGCAGCGAGCGCGCGCCUCCAUCGCCUCGCGCUGGUGCUGGCUGCAGGCGCAGGUGCAGGAGCUCGAGUACAAGAUCCGGCAGCACAACGACCUGCACCGACAGGUGCGUGAAGCCAAAGGUCCGGUGGAGUUCGAGGGUGAGCCGGUGGGCUACGAGGGUUCGCUGCCGGGCGCCGCGCCCCCCGCGCCGCCCGCCGCCGACACGUGCGCGCGCGUGCGGCCGCUGCGCAGGGAGACCUUCAAGAAGCGGAAACUACUGCAGAUGCAUAACCUGCACAUCGCUACACAAAAGGCAGCGAAACCUUCGGAUAUCGACUGUCGUUGCCAGCUGGGCGUGGAGUCGUGCGCGGUGUGCACGGGGCGCGGCGCGCGCGCGGCCGCCGGGCUCGGCGCCGCACCAGCGCCCCUGCCGCCGCCGCAGGAGCGCGCGCUCCUCGACCCCGGCUACCACCCCGUGCUCAGCGACGUGCACGACGUGUCGCCGGCGGUGCACAUGUCGCUGAUGCCGCCGCGGUCGUGGCUACACGCGCGUGCGCACAAAGCGUUCCGCGGCGCGCACCACGCAACCGCGCCGCGCGCCCCGCAACACACCGCGCAACACAACGACCAACAAAACCACACGCCCACCACGCCGCGCUCCAAGCGACAUCCCACCAGAUUGAAAAGAGGGCGUCCGCCGUUAUCAAGGAAAAUUAAAGACAGAGAAAGGGAUGAGGAAACUACAUCAGGACAUGAUAGGUCGCGAGGGCGGUCUAGCACGGAGACGCGCUACCGCCGUCAGUCGUACGACAUCGACAACAUUGUGAUACCGCAGAGCGUGGCUGCCAACACGCGACCGCAGAUACUCACAUACAAGGAGAUUAUCACGCCCAAAUGGCGAGUACUAGAAUUACCUGACACGCCGUUGAACAAUGGUGUUUCGAAAACUUGUACACGAUUAUCGGUAGAGAGUGAGGAGGAGGAUGUAUCAGACCAGGCAGUGGCCGCGCGGCACACUCGAGCCGAACGCAGCGAGCGGACACGCUUCGCGCAGAACCACCGCGAACUGCUACGCGAACAGCAACGCGAGCAGCGCCGGGAAAUGCAACGCGAGCUAGAGCUACAACAGGCACAGGAGCGACAACUGCAACAAGUACGCGAACUUCCAAGGGAAACGGAGACCGAGCGACCUGAGACAGUGAGACCGUACACGCCGCGCCAGUUCCCGCUGCCGGACGAGAUGUAUGAGGACAUGGUGGCUGCCAUGCCGGACGGAUACCACCGACACAGCCCGCCGCCCUCCCCGCCGCACGAGGAGGAAGUCGACCGCUCCAGCACCAUGUCGCCGCUCUCUCCCACGCCAUUCGAUGGCGAUGACCCCGACGAUCAGGAGUGGGACCCCAGCAGUGAGAAGGCUGAGAGGCGGAAAAGUGCUUUCAGAUAAAUAUAUGCGUGAGUGUUUUGGUUAACGCUUAUAUCUACAUUCAGAGAUCCAUGUUAGUAUGAAAUCGCACGAAGGGAAUAUACUGCGGCGAAAGGAUUGCUACAUGAUGUCAAAUAUUGUUAUAUGAAAUCGUAUACAUCGCACUACGAAGCAGCGGAGUGGUGUGAUCCAAACCUUGUAUUCAAUAAAGUAGCGCGCGGCAAGUCGCGCGGCUACGAUGCAUUCAGAGGCCGACAAGUACAGGCUUACUACUUAGAAUGUACGUAUUAUGAAUGACAUUGUCGCAUUUUUUAAACUAUAUUACUAGUGAAGCAUAACUUAUUUCGGUUUGACGAUGUGCAGCGCCACUCUUAAAUGUGUACAAAUGUAGAUGAAACACGUUGCGCUAAGCUAACCGUAUUUUUUUAAAUUUUGUCAUGCACAUGAUAUCCCAAAUGUGAAUUUUGGGCAUGUUUUAGAGCUAUCAAUGUUUAUUUUAAAUUCAUUAUGAAAAUAAAUAAUUUUGGCGCAUAAGUUUUGUGCGUAUUAUUGAUUAUAAGGAUUUCAUAAAAUAUACUUAAUAUAGAAUAAAGGGACAUUGUGACAAAUGUCUUAAUAAUUGUAUGCAGUACCAUGUAAUGUGGAUAAGCAUGUAGCAUUCACUAAUAUGUUGAACGUAUAUUUAAAUAUUGAUAUUAAUAUUAGCAUGAUACAAAUUUCACAUAAAAUAUGGUAAUUUAUUGUAUAUCCUAGCUGUGACAUGAUUAUUAUGUAUCUAAAUAAUCUGUGUUUAUUGAUGUGUUCCCAAACAACAUGUUUAUGUACUUGAUGCCUAAGAAGAUUUGGCCACAACAUAAUAUUGUGUUCUGCUGUAAAGACAAGGAUAGAUUGUAUUUGUGUCCUAUCCUUUCAUGUGUUCGACAAUACAUAUAUUUAAUUUUCGUGAUAUAUCAUGAAAUUAUUGUUUUUGCAAAUAUCCAUUUCAGAAUUUAUAAGGAGUUUAUUGAAGACAUUUAUUUAACAGAUCUCUUUUUAUCUCUGUUUUACAGUAAAUUAUACUAUUUUAGAUUUAAAUAUAGCAAUGUCUAUUCUUAAGUCUUCAUACACAAAAACUAGCUGAUCAGCCUGUGAUGGCUUUUAUUAUAAAAAAAACUAUGUAAUGUGAUGGAGACUAAUAUCAACUGUCAAAAAAAAAUGUCAGGCAACUGGUGGUGAAAACCAUUAAACCUAGGUUAUUAGCUUGGAGAACCUAGGCAGAAAACAGAAUGGACCCUAAUGAAACAGGCUCCAAAGCGGUCUCUGUAUACAAAUAAUAUAUAAGAGUACAUUUAGUUUACUAUUUGUAAAUUGACAAUUAAUUAUAAAUGAAUUUGUAUUUAAGUUUGGUUGCAGUUUUAAAGUGUUGUUUUUUUUACAGUCCAAAACUUUAAAGCUUUAUCACUAGUGAUACAGAUGUGGAAUGUUGUAUAAAGUGUACAGUUAGCAUGUUCUAAGCAUAUUUUAUCUUUUUCUCAAGGGCACCAGUUAGUACAAUUUGUUUACUGACUGCCAAUAUGUAUAAAUCCUAAGCCACUCUAAUGUUUAUUCAUAAUUCGUUUUUUCUCAUCCAGAGUUAGUACAGGUCUUGUGACUACAAUAAAUAUAUAUAAAAACAGACAAGCCUAUAAAAACGUUAAAAAUAAUAUAAAAAGUGAUUUAAAACAAAUUAGGUUUUAGGUUAGAAGUAAAAGAAGAAAGUGAAUUAUUUGUUAACUGUUUAAAUCGGGAUGAGGAAAAAUGUAUUAUAAUAUGAAUCACAGACAAGUGUUUUGUGAGUGUAGUAUUAAAUGGCAUUUUUAUGAUGUGCAUGAGUGACUUAGCCACCAGAUUGUGUUGUGCAAACUACUACACUCACAAACAGCUAGUUACAAUCAUAUUUCUAUUCUUCUACUGAUUGUUUGUCAUUGUUACAUUCCUUGAAGUGAAUUGUGAAUAUCUUUAAUAUAUAAAUACAGGCCGACAUGCAUGUGGUCAUUUUGUGAAAUAAAUAAAACGAGUGCGUAUUUUUCUCAGUGGUGUAUGUGAAUUUAAUUCUAAGUAUUAUAUAAUUCGUUUUAUGCCAACAUUAAAAAAGAAACCUUCAAUAUUAAACACAAAUUUCCAGUUUAUUAUAAUAUAUGUAGUAAGUUAUGAUUUAAACCCCAAAGUAUAUGACCUAGAGUCUACUUGAGAAUAUAUAUUACUUUCUAAUAUUAGAGUGGACACCUGAAAGAAUAAAUUAAAACUCAUUGUUUUGGUAUAGAUAAAAUUUCGUUUUUAUUUCCUAUGUGUGUGUUUCAACUUGCGAGUGUUGGAUACGUCAUGUUAGGUUAGAUUGAAAGUAAGAAUGCCCUGUUGUCGCAAAGCGUGUGUAAAUAUUGAAAAAACAAUGGGCACUGAAUAGUAACUAAUGGACUGGCUAUAAAAAUAAUUUAAUUGAAUCUCUGUAAGAGUUCUGUUGUAAUCCACAUGUAAAAUUGUUUUCACCCACAUUUUCAUAUAAGGUAAGACAUGUUAAUUUUAGGAGAGCAAUUUGAUGCUACGCUUUAUUAUUGGCAACUAUGUUUCUGUUCCAAGCCCACAGCUAGUCCCUGGACUCAUAAGCAAAAUUGAUUAUGGCACUACUUCUAAUUUAGGUGUUACACCAUUACCGGUAUGGGAAUACCUAGCCCAUUUGCAACCAUAAAAAUGCUAUUGUUCUAUUUUUAUAAUACCUUUGUAUGCUGAACUAUAUUGCUUAUUGAUUUGUAUAGUAGCUAAGAAUUUUUCAAUAUUGGUGAUAUGAUGUAACUUGAAAAUUGCCAUAAAAUAUCAUUGUUCCUUGGUUCUGUUGAGUUCAAGCAUUCACUAGUUAUUUUGUAAAUUACAACUAUCGUCAUGCAAAUGAAGUAAUUUUAUUGUUUCUAUUUUCAAGAAGCCAAAGCCUUCUUAUUUUGUUAGUGAUACAUAGGUAUAGUUUAGAUUUUUUAAGGUGACGACUUGAUUUUAUAUAGAAAGGCUUGUAAUGUCUGUAUCAUAGUAAAAUAAAAAAAUGACGACUCAAAAA